AUGGACAGAGAACAAGAAGAAAUUCAGUUUCUUGGCUUCUUGGGCAUCUUCAAAGAAGCCUUCAGUGUGACAUCCUCACAUAGGAAAAUUUUCAGCCAAAUCACACUCACUAUAAUCCUUCCUCUUUCCCUCAUCUACCUGGCUCAAAUCGAAAUCUCCGAAAUCUUGUUUGGACAAAUCAUCCGCAGUGAGUAUGAUCUGGAUCAUACUGACCAAAUGGAAACUCAGAAAUAUUCCAAGACUUCAGAUGUCCUCUCAUCCGAGUUGCUCGCAUUUUGGCUCUUCAAGAUUGCUUAUUUCAUCUUUGCCUUGGUUUUCUCCCUCCUCUCAACCUCAGCAGUUGUGUACACUAUUGCAUGCAUUUACACUGCAAAAGAAGUCACCUACAAGAAGGUCAUGAAAGUGGUUCCCAAGGUUUGGAAAAGACUCAUGGUCACUUUUCUAUGGAACUUCAUCAUUGUCUUUGCAUCCAUCAUUGUUCUUCUACUUGUAGCAGCUCUGUGGGCUGUUACUUUAGGAACAAGUGUGGUUGGGAUCACAGUUGGAAUCAUAGUUUUACUAGUAUACGUGUCAGGGAUUUUGUAUAUCGGCUUUAUGUGGCACUUGGCAGGCAUUAUAUCGGUGCUAGAAGACGUGUAUGGAAUACAAGCAUUGUUCAAGAGCAAGGAUUUGAUCAAGGGGAACACUGGACUCUGUGCUGCUAUUUUUAUUAUCAAUAAGCUAUGUUUUAUCGGAAUUUACCUGGGCUUCAGAGCAAGUGUUGUGGGAGGAGAGUCAGUUCUGGGGAAGAUAUCGCAUGCCUGUCUUUGGUCUCUGUUACUGUCCAUGCUGAUUCACUUUGCACUUGUCAUCCAAACGAUCAUCUACUUGAUCUGCAAAUCUUAUCACCGUGAAAGCAUCGAUAAAUUGUCCCUCGCAGAUCAUCUUGAGGUGUAUAGUGGAGAUUAUGUUCCGUUGAACUUCAAGGAUGUUCAGUUAGAGUAUUCUAAGGUUUAA